ACAGAGCUUGAGUCAACAUAUCACCGGUCAGGUUCCUAAUAAUUUCUCCGAGCGUAAAGGUCCCCGCAUAUAUACGUUCAAUCACUAUAUAUCCUCUUUAAUAUUUAUAGCUGAUGGAUCAUCCCUCUGAUAUACAACCUAAUUGAAUUCCGUCAUGAAUCUUGUUACUCCAUAUAUGACUUCUAUCGCACAUGUUUUCAACGUUCAAGCCUACACCAACGCAUGCAAAAACCAUAUAAAUCAACUACGUACGCGCAGAGAUUCUACAACAGAGCCUCCUGUUUGAGCCUGAUCACUGUAUUAAUCUUCAAAGCCCUUCGUGUUCUUCAUUUCCAUAUAUAUUCAACUCGAAUUAAUGAGUCUGAUGAAAAGAAUGUCUAAGAAGAUGUUUGAUUACCGGCUUCUUAGCCGCACCGCCAAAUCGCCCAUCUUCUCCACCAUCUCAUUUGUGGCUAUAUUCUUUCUCAUCUACGCUGACAGCAUCGUCUCCAAUCUUUCCGGCAACCAUCAUGAUCAAAUUCUUGAUCCGCAUCAGACUCAGAAAAGAGAAGCACCAGCAAUGGAGUCAGCUCUUAGUACUAGCACGGCGCCGUUGCUUCCCACGCAGGAAAAGGUUGAUGGAGAGGAGGAUUCCGAGACUCAGGAUCCUCUUAUUCCACCGGACAACAUCUCAAGAGAAGAAAGACUGAAUUGGUUCCGGAGAAAACUACCGGAGCUUGAGAUACUCAAGUCAAACGACUUGUCGCAGAAGUUUCAUGGCCGAGUUCUGGAGUUCUUCAACCAUGGUUGUAGCGUUCAGUUCUACAUGACAUGGUUCUCGAUGGCAAGGUCCUUCGGAAAAAGAGAAUUCUUGGCCGUCGAUACCCUUUUCAAAGUCCACCCUGAAGGCUGCUUGAUGAUCAUAUCAAACACCAUGGACACCAAGAGCGGGUACAGAAUCUUAAAACCACUACUGGAUCGCGGGUUCAAAGUCCUUGCAAUCACACCGGACGUUCCGUUUCUGGUCAAGAACACACCGGCGGAAGGCUGGCUUGAAGAUUUGAAGAGCGGGAGGAAGGACCCUGGAUAUAUUCCAUUGUUCAACAAUCUCUCCAAUCUUGUCAGACUCGCCAUGUUAUACAAGUACGGCGGCGUAUACUUGGACACAGAUUUCAUAAUUCUGAAAGACAUCUCUGGGCUGAGAAAUGCAGUCGGAGCACAGAGUAAGGAUUCAUCGACUGGAGCCUGGACGAGACUAAACGGAGCAGCCAUGAUCUUCGACAUAAACCAUCCGAUUCUAUUGGAUUUCUUGCACGAAUUUGCGUCAACUUUUAACGGAAACAAAUGGGGUUUCAACGGGCCGUACUUGGUUUCAAGGGUUAUUGAGAGGGUCGGAAAUACACCCGGCUAUAACAUAACGGUGUUGCCGCCCAAGUCGUUCUAUGCGGUCGACUGGAACGGGAUAAACAGGCUUUUCCGGAAGCCGCACACCAAGGCGGAGUCGCAGUGGGUGGAGGACGUGGUGGCCGAUCUGUACAGUGAGCAGACUUACGCAUUACACUUGUGGAACAAGCGUAGCAAAGAGCAGAAAAUCGAAGAAGGAAGCGUCAUGGCAAGAUUGAUCUUGGAGCACUGUGUCAUCUGCGAACACAUAUAUGAUUCUUAGAGGAAGAAAUCAAAUAGACGGCCAAGAAAAGUUCUAGAAUCGAUCCUAUUAUUUAAGCAAGCAUGUAUUAUUGUUGUUUUUUUGCUUGAAUAAGCUCUAAAUUGCAGGGCUAUGGAGUUCUAUUGCUUUCCUAGGAUGCAAUAUUCAUUGGUUGUAAAAUCAUUUUUUUUAGCGUAAAAGAUGUAUUUGGUA